UGAGGAGUCUCCAUACACAAUUUAAAACCAGCCCAAAUUUACCAUCUCUCCUGUUAUCCUUAUCUCCAACUCCACUCUCUAUUAUUUUUUUUCCUUUGCCUUCUCCACUCCACUGCUUCCAGCUUUGUUAAUUUUCUCACAUCAAAAUCAAACCCAUAGGCCAUAGCAUUCUUUAAUUUCUUCUUCAACAGAUUUACAGAAACAAUAACAUCGAUCGAUCACUACUUCUUCAGCUUUCAAAUCCAUGGCUCUUGAGACAUGGCUAAUUAAGGUAAAGAACGCCAUCUCGAACGGCCUUGAGAUGGCUAGGACGACUAAGAAAUCUAAUGUUGGUGUCUUGGCCUUUGAGAUCACCGGGCUUAUGUCCAAGCUCGUCCAUCUCUGGAAAUCGCUCUCAGACCAAAACCUCACUCGUCUUCGGCAUGAAUCAAUUGCUCUCGAGGGAGUGCGCAAGAUCGUCUCCAAUGACGAUGCUUUCCUCCUUGGUCUCGCCUGCGCCGAGACGGUGGAGAACUUGAGGCUUGUAGCUAAGUCUGUGUCCAGGCUCGGAAGGCGGUGCCGUGAUUCGGGUCGGCGGUGUUUUGAUCGCCUGUUCGAGGAGUUCUCCAACUCCGGCCACGACCCUCACUGCUGGGUUCUGCCUUGGAAGGAGAUGGAAUCCAUGCAAAGGAAGAUGGAUCGUUAUGUCACGGUAACCUCCACCCUUCACAGAGCCAUGGAUGAGCUUUCGGAUACCGAGAACUGUUUGAGAAAAGUGCUGCAAUGCAGUGAUCUUGACCAGUCUACCAGAGAGAAAAAGAUGAUCGAUCUCCAACAGAAGCUCUUCUGGCAGAGACAGGAAGUGAAGCAUCUCAAAGAUGACUCCCUGUGGAGCCGAAGCUUUGACACAGUCACGUUAUUGCUUGCAAAAUCGAUCUUCACUAUUCUGGCAAGAAUCAAGCUUGUCUUCGGAAUUGAGAAGCGACGACGUCUGGCAACCAACAGCUCUUCUCUAUCACGCAGCCUUACUGUGUCGGCCGCCAUCCACCCCUCCGACAACUCGGCCUCCUGUAAAUUUCUAUCGGGGCCAUUGGUGAUGAAGACAUCUAAGCAUGACGAGGAGGAGAUGGGUUUUGGGUUGUUUGAGGCAAGCGCAAAGAUUCUUAAACCACCACCAGGUACCUUAGGCGCUGCAGCUCUUGCUCUGCACUAUGCGAAUUUGAUCAUUGUGAUCGAGAAAAUGAUCAGAUCACCUCAGUUCGUAGGUCUAGACGCCAGAGACGACCUCUACAGGAUGCUUCCCGCUAGCAUAAGAAUGUCACUGAGGGCUAGACUGAGAGGAGUUGGGUGUUCAGCAACUGAUUCGGUGCUUGCUGGAGAGUGGAAAGAUGCGUUAGCGAGGAUCUUGGGUUGGUUGUCGCCAUUAGCACAUAACAUGAUAAAGUGGCAGAGCGAGCGCAGCUUCGAACACCAGAAUCUGUUGCCAAAGACGAACGUUCUUCUUCUGCAGACGCUCUGUUUUGCGAACCAGUCGAAGACCGAGGCCGCCAUCACCGAGCUUCUUGUGGGUCUGAAUUAUAUAUGGAGAUUUGAGAGGGAGAUGAGUGCUAAGGCCUUGUUCGAAUGCUCCAAUAUGGGGUGUUGAAAUUUGCAGACUUGAAGUUGAGGGGAUGAUUUUUUUCCUCUUUUCUUCUUUUCUUUUGGAUCCUCAGAUUUUAUAUAUCUUUGAUUGUUUUUUUUUUCUCUUGUUAACAAGGUUUUAAUUAGCUUGGGCGUCUUUGCUCAUCCUUGCUUCAGAUUGAUGGGGGUAUUUGCCUUGCUGCCAACCCUGAUCUGUAUAUGGUAAUACAGAAUAACAGAUUAUGUGUAAAUAGCAUAAGAGUCGAGUUCAAAUCUCCUGUGACCACGGUUAUGGGCUCAUUGCUUGACCAGAAGGAA